UUUCAAGUUCAAUUCUUUUCUGCUCAUCGAGGAAAGAAAUAUUCUACUCUUGUAUCCUAAUACUGAAAUCAUGGCUAAGAAGAGAACUGUUAUAAAAGUCGCCAUUAUAAACAAGAAAUGUCAAACCGAUAUUAUGAAGGCUGUAGCGAAAAUUGAUGGUAUAGAAAAAUUGGAAGUGGAUGUUAGCAAAGGUACAUUGACCAUAAUUGGAGAAGUUGAGCCAGUUCCAAUUUUCAAGAAGCUUAAGAAGAUUGGCAAGGCGCCUGAAAUUAUAAGCGUCGGACCACCACGCCCUAAAUGUCCUCCUUAUUGCAUCUGUAACUUCUGUCGUCCAUAUGUUCAAUGUACUUCUGAACCCCUUCCUUACCAGCCUUGCCACUUCGCUCCCUCGUACAGCAACAACAUGCCUUGUGAGUUCGUUGCAGUUCAGUCGUACCCUUCACCAUCUUAUGACAGUCCGGGACAGUGUACCAUUAUUUGAAAACAGUCGUAUAUAAAGUUAGUUGUCACAUUACUAGUUCCAACAGAGGGAACAUAAAAAAAAAUUAUAUACUACGCACAUGUUUCUUAUUGGUCAAACUCAAAAUUGUUGUUAAAGAUUCUUUGUCAAGCACUGUUGUAAGGCAUCAUGUUAUAAUUUGUACGACAGUAUGUACGAUUAAUAUAAUGUGUUAGAAGUUGUUAGUUACAAGAGAAUUGAUGUAGAUAUUUUGUUUAAUAGGCUACAUAUUAUAGAGGCU